UGAAGAGAUAUAUUCAAGUUUAAGACAUCCAGGACGUUUUUGACGCCAGCCUGCACUUCAUCGGUGGCCUGGGCAUCACCAUCUACAUCACCUUCCUUCAACACAUCCAGGUGGUAUUGAAGCAGCUUUCUGGAGCCUCACGCCGAGACGCAACUUGAUUGGUCAAUAUGGCAAAUCCAAUACGACUCCUCAUCUUGUUGAGUGACGACAGCUCAGUGAGGAUGGAUCUACCACUGGUGCCAGAGACCGUUGAAGAGCUCAUUGAACAGGUCCAAGAAGCAUGCCAACUUGUUGGAUGCAUCAGGCUGCAAUACAAGGAUGUGGACUUUGGUGGAACAUUUGUUAACCUGAGCACAACCUCCUCGAUCAAGGAUCUUGCCACCAUCAAGGUCAUACCGCUUGUUCCUGAUAGUGAUAUCAUUCUGGAAUUUAUAGACAGUGUCUCAUCUAAUUUGAGUGAGCUAGACUCAAGCUCCCUCUCAGCACAAACUGAUUCAGGUGACACAGUCAUACUCGGCAGCAGCCCCUCCGGGAGACUCCGAACAGAGCCCUGGCCAAAGCAGUUCAACAUCCCGACCUUCUCCUUUGAAACAGAAGGUCAACUCGAGAAAGGGAAUGCUGAUUACACCAGGAACCUAACUAGACUGACGCCUUCGUCAAAAAUGCUGUCCGACAUACUGGAAAGAUUGGCAGAGAAGAUUUUCUCCUACAAGGCAUACCCCACUGAUGCAGACUUGGGUGAUGUUGCAGUGGCUCUGACAAUUAAGCAUCCCUGCCUGAGGCAAUCAGACUCCUUCAAUGAGAGCUACGGAUGGAAAAUUAGACUGAAGAGUAAGAUGUGCAACUAUCGCACUCAGCUGAAGUCGCAUGGACUUGCAUCUGAGCUCAUGGUGAAUACUCUCAAACAUAAGUCACGAGAAGAUCUCCAUCCCCUCCCAGCAAAGAACAACAAAAAGGCAAGAAGAGGUGAGGCCAAUUUCUAUCCUCAGACCAGCAUUGCGACUCCAGAAAGCCUGGAGCAAGAGAGAACAUUGCUUCUGACUGAAGUAAAGAAGAGAAACAAUGAGAAAACCAUACGGGAGAAGAUGGCCCAGACCUUCGACUUUAGGAGGCAAGAGGUUGUGGAUCAGAAGCCUUCCAUCGAGAACCUCAUGGAAAGAUGGCCAGCUCUAUUCCAGAUGCAAGAGAUCAAUGCCGAGUUUUUGCGGGUUGCUGCAGUUCCCUUGCUGACGAGAUGUAUGGCCCAGCUGGACAAGUACUCCACGCAGCUACUGAAGAUCAUCAGAAAGAAAGGAGGAGCAACCAAAGCAAAAACUGCCACGAUCCUGGAGUUUCUUGAUCAGGAGGCAGAUGCUGAUGUCAGAAGGGAGUGUGUCCUCAAAUCUCUUAUCAUCUACCUGGGAGAAUGUGUUGAGGACCUGAUAAAAGAAUACACGACGUCCCAGAUAGAUCAAGCCAAGCAAGAGCUAGACAGUACCACCAUGGCGGUCUUCGUCUUCAGAGAGAACUCAAGCCUUCUACAACAGCCCAAAGAGAUCGGGAUCAUCAUUGAUGGUGUAGAAGUCCUCACUGAGUUGCCUUCCGUGGCAGCUGGAGUGGUAAUGCUCUUUGGACUCUGUUAUGCUCUUAACUUGGAAUAUCUCAAGGGGUUCAGGUUCACCUUUGAGGCUAUUCAGAAGAUCCUGAAGGAGCUUGGUUCCAACAAGAUGAGCCCCAAGAUUCGCAAACUGAAUGGUGAACUCCACACUUCACAGUAG